CUUUCUCUCUUUUGCACUAUAGAGUCACCUUAUUUUAGAAAGGAGUUUCAAUCCAUGGAAGUCUUGAAGGAUUCUGAUGUGGUUUUGGAGUGUGAGGUGCUUGGUACACCUCCCUUUGAAGUGUUUUGGGUGAAGGAUGAUAAGCCUGUGCGGAGCAGUAAGAAGCAUAGAAUAAGCACUGAGAAAUCUUUGAUUAGCCUCCAUGUCUUCAGGUUUGAUGCGUCUGAUGUUGGUGAAUAUCAGUGUAGAGUAACAAAUGAUGUGGGAAGCUGUUUCUGCAGUUCAGAGGUCACACUGAAAGGUUAGUGCAAGGUGGAAAACUCCACUAAGCGUGAUUUUGUGCCAGUGUGGUUUCCAUGCCACACAAGCAUGAACCAGGCCUGUACUUACUUAGUCACUUUCUUCCUGCUAGAGCCUCCCCAGUUUUUGAAGAGGAUAGAAAACAUUAGUUCCCUUCGAGGGGGCACAGUCGUGUUUCAGGCUGCUGUUAAAGGCUCCUUGCCCAUCACUGUCUCCUGGCUGAAAGACAGUGAUGAAGUUAUUGAAGACAGUAAUAUCAAAAUGACCUUUGUGAACAAUAUUGCCACUCUUCUGGUGAAGUCUAUUGAACUGAAACAUGAUGGAAAAUAUUUCUGCCAGGCUAAAAAUGAGGCAGGAAUUCAGAGGUGCUCUGCUCUGCUGACUGUCAAAGAGCCUGCUACAAUCGUGGAUAAGGCUGUGUCAAUAGAUGUGACUGAGGGAGACCCAGCAACCUUGCAAUGUAAAUUUUCCGGAACAAAAGAUAUUACAGCCAAAUGGUUCAAAGAUGGCAAGGAAUUGACUUUAGGCCCAAAAUAUAAGAUCAGUGUUACAGAUACUGUCUCAGUCUUAAAGGUACUUCAUGCGGAAAAGAAAGAUAGUGGGGAAUAUGUAUUUGAGGUUCACAACGAUGUUGGAAGAAGUAGCUGUUCUGCCAGCAUCAAUGUCCUAGAUCUCAUUAUACCACCUAAAUUCACCAAAAAGCUCAAGAAAAUGGACAGCAUUAAGGGAUCUUUUGUCCACUUGGAAUGUAUAGUGUCUGGUUCACAUCCUAUAAGUAUCCAGUGGUACAAGGAUGGUCAAGAAAUAACAACAAGUGAAAAGCACAAAUACUCUUUCCAUGAUAAUACUGCCUUUCUGGAAAUCAAUAAACUCGAAGGCACAGACAGUGGCUCUUACACUUGUGAAGCAACAAAUAAGGCAGGAAGCAACCAAUGCAGUGGGUUCUUAACCGUCAAAGAGCCACCAUAUUUUGUGGAAAAGCCUCAGUCCCAAGAAGUUGUGCCCCAUGCUAGGGUUCAGUUCAAAGCAUUGGUGAAAGGCUCUACUCCUCUGCAGAUAAAGUGGUUUAAAGACAGCCAGGAGCUCCUUUCUGGAGCCAAUCGUUCUGUCUGGAUGGAUGACACAUCUAGUGUGCUGGAGCUCUUCUCAGCUAGGAUGUCUGACUCUGGAAACUACACUUGUCAGAUAAGCAAUGAUGUGGGGACUGCAACAUGUAAAGCAACUUUGUUUGUAAAAGGUGUGCAGCUCAGUGUUAUUCACAUCUUUGUUGUUCUGAUUUUUCUGUACAAAUGAGGGGGAGGAGACAGGAAACACUUUUUGGAAAAGUAUUUCCAAAAACUGAAUGUUAUGAAACCUCACUUUUUUUGUCUGUCUUUUAGAGCCCCCCAGGUUUAUUCAGAUGCCAACUCCUGUAGUAGCUUUGCGUGAAGGACAGUCCACUACUUUUGAGUGCCAUGUAGUAGGAACACCAGAGAUACGUGUCACGUGGUACUUGGAUGGGAAUGAAAUGACUGAUGAAGCUAAGUACGGCAUCUCUUUCAUUGAUGGUCUAGCCACUUUGAAAGUCACUCAAGCCAGAGUGUCGGAUAGUGGGAUUUAUGUUUGUGAAGCCCACAACGAUGCAGGUAGUGAGAGCUGCAGCAUCGAAUUGAAAGUAAAAGGUUGGUUUUGAAAAUUUUGUCAUCAUCCAGCUGUGCCACAUAACUAGAGUGAUGAAAUGGGGGAGACCAUUUCUCCCCUCAUAAUUACCAAGGUUACUAUCCACUUUCCCUUUAUUCCUCUUUAUAGAGCCUCCAACAUUUGUUCGAGAGUUGAGACCUACUGAGGUAGUAAAGGGUUUGGAUGCCAUGCUCGAGUGUGAGGUGACUGGUACUCCUCCAUUUGAGGUGAAGUGGCUGAAGAAUAAUAAGGAGAUGUUCAGCAGCAAGAAAUAUGCUAUCUCCACCAAAGAAUCAGUAUUUACUCUUAAUGUGACCAACUGUGACACCUCAGAUGUAGGUGAAUAUCAGUGCAUUAUAUCAAACGAAGUUGGAAGCUGUUCUUGUAGCACAAGGCUCAGCUUGAAAGGUCAGUCUCCUGAAAAGUACCCCAAAGAUAACUGCCACUAGCUGAAGUACAGUGACUAAGAUGACCUUAUGUGAUCUCUCCUUUAUUCCCUUUCCAUGACUUACCCUUCUACACAAUAAAACCUCACACCACAGAACCAGCAUCCUUUGUCAAGAAACUGGAGAAUGUCACUACUGUUU